GGACUGUGUCUGCUUCUGCCCAGCGUAGGAGAAAGACCGUCCACAUUCACAGCUGUCCAUCAACUGUUUACCAUCAUUUAUUUAAAUCUAGAUUUUUUUUAUUCAGUUAACAAGAAUGUACAAAAUUGUCUCACAAAUUAAUAAUCAUCAUCGGUGCCUGGAGUGGUAAGAGGAUUUUUCGAGAAGUGUUUAACAUUAUCCUAAAGAGAGGCUUCUGUAUCUACAAACGGAGGUCCUCUCUCCAUCCUCUGCCUUGCCCGGCGACCCAUGCUAAAAGGUAAACUACCGGUCACACACAUGUCCUCGGCCAUCGCCCCCGUCAAACCGUCCAGUACCACCGGCCUGAAGGAGGUGGAGCUGAUCCUAGUGAAGGAGCAGAAUGGGGUGCAGUUCACCACCUCCACCCUGAUCAGCCCUACGGGUCAAACCCACCCCUCAGGGGAGGAGAGGGAGACAUGGGGUAAAAAGAUCGACUUUUUGCUCUCUGUGAUUGGGUUUGCUGUGGAUCUUGCCAACGUUUGGAGGUUCCCCUACCUGUGUUACAAAAAUGGAGGAGGUGCCUUCCUGGUCCCAUAUAUGUUCUUCAUGGUGAUUGCUGGAAUGCCGCUGUUUUAUAUGGAGUUAGCACUGGGUCAGUAUAACCGUGAAGGUGCAGCAGGAGUCUGGAAGAUCUGCCCUAUCUUUAAAGGUGUGGGCUUCACGGUGAUCCUGAUUUCAUUGUAUGUGGGAUUUUACUACAACGUCAUCAUCGCCUGGGCUCUGUUUUAUCUGUUCUCCUCAUUCUCGUCUGAACUCCCCUGGAUCAACUGUAAUAACACCUGGAACAGUCCCAACUGUUCAGAUCUCAAUGCCACCCUGUUCAAUGACACGCACAAGGCCACGCCCGCCCUGGAGUAUUUUGAGCGAGGGGUCCUUCACCUUCAUGAAAGUGAAGGGAUAAAUGAUCUGGGUCUGCCCCGCUGGCAGCUCACUGCGUGCCUGGCAGUAGUCAUCGUGGUCCUAUACUUCAGUCUGUGGAAGGGAGUGAAGACAUCAGGGAAGGUGGUGUGGAUCACAGCCACGAUGCCCUAUGUGGUUUUAACUGUUCUGCUCCUGCGUGGUGUCACUCUGCCUGGAGCCAUCGAUGGCAUUAAAGCUUACCUGAGUGUAGACUUCCUCCGUCUGUGUGAUGCUCAGGUCUGGAUCGAGGCAGCCACGCAGAUCUGUUUUUCUCUGGGAGUGGGGUUUGGUGUGCUAAUCGCCUUCUCCAGCUACAACAAAUUCAGCAACAACUGUUAUAGAGAUGCCAUCAUAACCAGCUCCAUAAACUCUCUGACCAGCUUCUUCUCUGGAUUUGUCAUAUUUUCCUUUUUGGGUUACAUGUCACAAAAACACAACGUUGCCCUGGAUAAAGUUGCCACUGAUGGUCCUGGUCUGGUGUUUAUAAUUUACCCAGAAGCCAUUGCUACACUCCCAGGCUCCUCAGUGUGGGCUGUUAUCUUCUUCAUCAUGUUGCUCACUUUAGGAAUCGACAGUGCCAUGGGAGGGAUGGAAUCUGUCAUCACAGGACUCAUAGAUGAAUUCAAGUUCUUGCACAAACAUCGAGAGCUCUUCACACUCUUCAUCGUAGUUUCCACGUUCCUCAUCUCACUGCUCUGUGUCACAAAUGGUGGAAUCUACGUGUUUACCUUGUUGGACCAUUUUGCAGCAGGAACAUCGAUUCUCUUUGGUGUGUUGAUUGAGGCCAUCGGUAUUGCCUGGUUCUAUGGUGUGGAUCGCUUUAGUGAUGAUAUCCAGGAGAUGAUCGGACAGAGACCUGGUCUGUACUGGAGACUGUGCUGGAAGUUUGUUAGCCCUUGUUUUCUCCUGUUCAUGGUUGUUAUCAGUUUUGCAACUUUCAACCCGCCUAAAUACGGCUCGUAUUAUUUUCCCACGUGGGCUAACGUUAUUGGCUGGGGUCUGUCUCUAUCAUCAAUGAUCAUGGUGCCUCUCUACGCCAUCUACAAGUUCUGCUCUCUGCCUGGAAGCUUUUGUGAUAAAGUAGCAUAUGCCAUAACCCCAGAGACUGAUCAUCAUUUGGUUGAGCGUGGAGAGGUUCGGCAGUUCACGCUUCAUCAUUGGCUGGUGGUGUGAGCGGCCCUUUGAAUUGAGACUGAGACGGCAAGAGACAAACUGAACUCCGUAAGGACGACGAGCGUCAGCACCAAAAGAACCGUGUUACUAGUUGUUUCUUUCUCGCGUAAUCGGACGUGUGGCUGUAUCGUGACUUUGAUCACAAUGUGGUUGACAUUUGUCAAUAUCAGUUUUACUCUUUAUAUACGAUGACUGUUAUGAUGGCCGAUGUUGUCCUCGAUGACUGUUUGCUAGUUAAACCUUUUUUGUGAUCAGAGUACAACUGAGCUUUAUUGAUAAAUGUUAUUGAAGUGUCAAAUGCUGUAUAAAAUUAAUAUUUAGAAAUCAUUUAAAAUUUAGAGAUGUGUAAAUAGUGCUAAUACAAAAAUAAAUCUAUCCUAUUUGUGUGUGACCAGUGCAAAUACCUUACAAAUGAACCGACCUGAUCUCACGGAUUUCUGUGGCAUAGUCAUGGAAUUUUUUGCUAGUUUUUCCGUGGCAUUCUCACAGAUCUCAGCAUUUUUCCGUGGCCCUGGCAUGGACUUUCUUUUCCGUGGCAUUCUCACGGAUUGGUUACUCAACUGUUUUGUCCUAUUUUCUUACCAUUGUCGCUUCGGUUUAGGGUUAGAUUUUACAUAAAAUGACAUCCCUACCCAAACCCAACUCUAACCCUAACGGCAGGCGACAAUUGAUUAAAGUUUAAAAAAAUAUAAAAGAAUAAAUCAGAAAAACAUAGUAUAAACCAAUAGUUAAAGUGAUAUACUAAAGCAAAGACCAAAUCUAACCCUAAACCGAA